GUGAAGCAGACAGAAGCUUAAAGAAGCUGGAAGGACAAUUCUGAGAUUAUUCAUGGAGAAAUCUUCACAACUUUUCACAAUUCUGGGCUUCUUCAUGGAGAAAUCAUCACCACUCCUGACACAGUUGAAACAGCCAGACAAAGCAAAUGUCCAACAGCAGCUCCAUCAGCCACUUCCUCCUGCUGCCAUUGGCAGACACGCGGCAGCUGCAGCUCCUGCACUUCUGCCUCUUCCUGGGCAUCUCCCUGGCUGCCCUCCUGGCCAACGGCCUCAUCAUCAGCGCCGUAGCCUGCGGCCACCUCCUGCACACGCCCAUGUUCUUCUUCCUGCUCAACCUGGCCCUCACCGACCUGGGCUCCAUCCUCACCACUGUCCCCAAAGCCAUGCACAAUUCCCUCUGGGACACCAGGAACAUCUCCUACACAGGAUGUGCUGCACAGAUCUUCAGGGCCGUGCUGAGGAUCCCCUCUGAGCAGGGACAGCACAAAGCAUUUUCCACCUGCCUCCCUCACCUGGCUGUGCUCUCCCUGUUCCUCAGCACUGGCAUGUUUGCCUACCUGAAGCCCCCCUCCAUCUCCUCCCCAUCCCUGGAUCUGGCAGUGUCAGUUCUGUACUCGGUGGUGCCUCCAGCCCUGAACCCCCUCAUCUACAGCCUGAGGAACCAGGAGCUCAAGGCUGCACUGUGGAUACUGAUCACUGGACAAUUUCAGAAGCAUUGAACUGCUGGCCAGUUUCUGCAAAUCCUUUGUAAUAAAAGUCAUCUUUGA